ACAGAGUCAACUUUAGGAAUUUCUAUUUGCUUUGUAUCUAAUCUGCAAGCCUCACUGACCUUUCAUCAAGAACAAUGGUGCACACAGUUCCUACAUUCAUACCGCAUCCUUCCCGCCCCCCCCCCUUUUUUUGGUGUUGAACUCCAGCCAAACAUUAAAUUACCUUGGGAAGUAAAUGGUGGAAGAGUAAAAAGCACAAAGACGGUAUCUGGCCUCCUUUUAUGAGGACACUCAAUCUUAAUUUAGAGAAAGAGAGAAGAGUCUUUUGUGUGUGUGUGUGUAGCAUGAGAACUGGAAAGAAGUACGAAUUUUUCAGACAAGCCUAUUUUUGUAAGUUUGCAGGUGGACUGUGCUCUUGUUUCAAUGCAGGUGGGGCUGUAGAUCAGGGUGGGGGGGGUGUUUGUGUGAGUGCACAUGUGCACCUAUAUAAAUCCACACCCAUUUUUAAACCAGAGACAUCCAGAAUACUUUCAGCAAGAGCACUUACUAGUUCAGCUUCUUCUGAGAGAUUCUCUAGAAGACAUGAUGUUACACUCAGCUCUGGCCCUCUGCCUUUUACUCAUUGUGGUUUCUUCCAACCUUGCCAUUGCAAUCAAAAAGGAAAAGAGACCUCCUCAGACACUCUCAAGAGGAUGGGGAGAUGAUACCACUUGGGUGCAGAUAGAGGAAGGCCUCUUUCAUUGUCAAAAAAGUAACAAACCAUUGAUGGUUACUCAUCACCUGGAAGAUUGUCAAUACUGCCAAGCUAAAAAAAAAGCAUUUGCCCAAAAUAACGAAAUACAAGAAAUGGCUCAGAAUACUUUCAUCAUGCUGAACUCAUGGCAUGAGACCACUGAUAAGAAUUUAUCACCUGAUGGGCAAUAUGUGCCAAGACUCGUGUUCGUGGAUCCUUCUGUAACAGUCAGAGCUGAUAUAACUGGAAGAUACUCCAACACAUUAGACACAUAUGAACCUCAGGAUUUACCGCUAUUGAUAGAAAACAUGAAGAAAGCAUUAAAACUCAUUCAAUCUGAGUUAUAAUGGAUUAUCCCUAAGAGGACAAAUGUCACGAAGAAAACCUUCUGGGUACUGACUAAUACUAAAUGGGCAAGUAUAUGGAUUUUGUAACAUUUCUAUUUCAAUUUUUAAUGUGUUUGCAGUAUUCCUGUGAAGGUAAAAUGGUAUUUCAAUAAAUGUCAAAACCUGAGCAUGAUAAUAUAGUAUUUCUGCCUGCAUCAGCAGCAAAGAAAGCUUGUCAUGAGCUGACAGUGAUAGUGGAAACAGGAAGACAUGAAUAAGAGGUGUCUACACUGAUUGGUUCUAUUUCCUUAUCUAUCAUUCAUCCCACCAAGUAACCUAAUCUUAAUUCUGCCCCCUCAACUGUAUCAAACCUGCAAGUUUAGGUGGCAAAUGAUCAGCAUGUUGCCAAGGCGAAUGGAUGCAUCUCUGCCCACUUAAUUAUUUGAACUCUUAGCAGCAUAACUUUCAGAGUUAACCAUUUCUUUUUUCACUCUAAAAUAGACAUUUAAAAACUAAUUACAAUGAAUUAAAUCUUAAAUAUGUUUUCCUUGAGUUGCUGGGUGGAUAUUUAACACUCCUAAUAAUUUUAAGAAGACUAUAACUGCUGCCAGAAUAUUAAAGAAUUUCUCCAGUUAGCCAAUAGAAGAGGAGUAUAUCCGUUCUGAAAUUAUCAACCAUGCAAGCACCAACUCAAUGCUUCACAGGAAGCUUCUGGAAUAUCAUAUCCAUGUCUUCUAUUCCCUUAAAUAAAACCAAAAACUUCUAAUUUUUUAUGGAUAAAAUUUCUAUAAUCAGUUGAAGUAAUUCUAAUUACUAAUGGAAAUCCCAUAAUCAGCUGGAAGUAAUUCUAAGAAGAGAGAAUGUUUCAGAUAGGCAAACACAUUCCUAAUCCAUAGGAUUUGAUUACAUUUAAAUAAUCUGGCAUUUUUGACAUAUGAAAGUACACUUUUACGAGAUAGAUAAAUAACAUCUAUGAAAUUGGUAUCUGACUAAUUCCAAUGUUUCAUGAGUGAGAGGA